AUGGAUGAGAGUUACCGCAACAGACACCGCUUGGCUUGGGAGCAGCGGCGUGCUGCAGAGGCAGCGGAGCGCGAAGCAGCAGCAGCAGCAGCAGCAGCAGCAGCAACACCAGCAGCAAGCGGCGGGGCAGUAGGCCGAGCUGCCUCAUGCCCUUCAAGCAGCGGGUCUUCUUCAUCAGCUCUAAGUGCGUCUCCUGCUGCACAUUCUCUUCAAGACGGUGUGCCUUCGCAGCAGCAGCAGCAGCAGCAGCAGCAGCAGCAGCAGGGCGCAGCAGCGGCAGCAGCAGCAGCAGCAGCAGAUAUACCUCGCAGCAAGAGCGAAGAGGAGGCUCUGAAUGAAGCAGCAGCCCGCCGCCUCUUUGAAGAACUAAAUGCAGCAGAUGAUGUUAGGAGACCUGAUGCAGCAUACAGCGAGUGCUUGCUGACAGCGCGGGGUCUGCUGCACGGACGGGGAGGAGCAGCAGCAGCAGACUUCAGCGACAGCCAUACCUUGCAGCAGCAGCAGCAGCAGCAGCAGCAGCUGAGGCGCCGCACAGAGCGAAGCCAAAGCCCCCCGCCUCCGUAUGAAGUUAUUCCGGUUGAUACUGAUCCUCUUGGGGUGGAGGAGCUCUCACCGCGUGCGGGUGCGGCUUCAUCUGAUGCUGCAGCAGCAGCUGCUGCUGCUGCGGCUGCUGCUGCUGCUGCAGCAGCAGCAGGGAUUCAAGUAGACUCCGAUGAGGCGGUGCUGCAGGCAGCCAUAGCGCAGAGCCUCAUUGAUAUGUAG